GUUAAGGGAAGGUUAGGUCUGGAAAAAAGUGUUGCUUAUUGUGGGGCUUUAAAUAUUUAUGACGGCAUGGCCUGACAUCUCCUCUUUGGGGCCAAUUAAUGGGAGAACAUUAUUUAACUUGUAUACUGAGCUUCCAUAUGAAUGCACUCCCAUUCUUUGACAUGUUUAGUUUUGUGAUAACACAACAGUAGUCGCUUAAUAUUUUUACUGGUUAAAUAGACAAUUUUUCUUCAUUGAUAUGUUAACUGCUGGUGAAUAUGUGCACAAAUAACUCUCACAGUCAGUGUAGUUGCUGAGAGAGGUGUGGAGAGGACUGCGUUUCUAUUCAAAUAUAACCUUCAGCGAGCACAUUACAGAGAGGUUAACCUAUUUUCUGAUUCCUGUUAGUUGACAGAAUGUUGGUGAACCACACAAACCAAACGGAUGACGACCUCUUCUCCUGCUACAGUCCUUCAGUCGUAGGCUACCGGUACUUUGCUGUGGUGUGGGGAUGUGCUGUGACCAUCACCGGUACAGUGGGGAACCUGAUGACCAUUCUAGCCUUCUCCUUAGACAAACAUCUGAGGACUCGCUUCAAUGUACUCAUCGUCAACCUGGCUGUAGCUGAUCUCCUGUACUGCACCAUACUGCAGCCCAUCUCAGUCGACUCCUAUCUACACCUCAGAUGGCGCAGUGGUGAGGUCUGGUGCAGCAUUUUUGGCCUGCUCCUCUUCCUCUCCAACUCCGUCUCCAUUAUCACCCUCUGCCUGAUAGCAGUGAGCAGAUACCUUCUGGUUGCAAAACGCACUGUGUUUGAACGCGUGUUCUCGGACCGAGGUCUUACUGUCCUCCUGAUGUCAGCAUGGGCACUAGGCCUGGCCAGCUUCUGCCCGCUCUGGCCUGUUUACACGUUUGUGCCACAGGUGUGCACAUGCAGCUUCCACCGUACCAGAGGUCGCCCCUACACCACCAUCCUGCUAUUUUUCUACUUUUUUAUUGGUCUGGGUUGCGUUGGCGCAUUUUACCUCCUCAUUUACAGACGUGUCCUAAUUGCCUCACAGGCUCUGCUCCAAUACAAGCUCAGCCGCCGGUCAUCCAGAAAGAGACCUGCUCCUUCAGCACAAGAGACAGAUGACAGUGGUGUGGAGAGUGGCACAGCCAACACAUGUAGCUCUGAGAUGAGCAGCCAGGCAGAUGUGGUGAGAAAUAAGGAUGAAUCUACACAGAGCUCUGCAAAGACCUUAAGUUCAUCAGCAGCCAGCAAACUUCUCCCCAGUACUGCCCCUGCACCACCUUCAUCCACACCUGCUGUCACACAGGCAGCAUCCUCCUCUCACUCAGCAACUUCAGGAGAUGAUGGUGAAUUUAAACGUGUUACUCGCAUGUGUUUCACCGUUUUUCUGUGUUUCAUGUUCUGCUUUGUCCCAUUCCUGUUGCUCAACAUAGCCGACAAACAGAACCGUGCCCCACAGGUGUUGCACAUGUUAAGUGCAAACCUCACCUGGCUCAACAGCUGUAUCAACCCUGUGCUCUAUGCGGUCAUGAAUCGACAGUUUCGACAGGCCUACCAUGUGCUGCUCACCAAAGCCACUGCAUCCUUUUCCUGCCUCUGGACCUGGUAAACUUUGCUUCUUAAACUUACAAAAUGUCUCUGUUGAUGUAAACUCUGACAUGCCAAUUAAAUACAGCAACAAAAAAAGAAAGCCAACCCUUCAGCCAUUACUUAUGAAACUUUUAAAACACUGAUUUGUUUCACUGAAAAUAAUUAAAGGAUAUUUUCAAACAUUCAAAUAUUCUAUGAGGAAGAAUC